AUGUCAUCAGUAUUAUUACGUGACUUUUUAUAUCAAUUAUCUAUUUGUUCAGAAAAAGCAGCAUGUAUUGCACGUCAUAUUCGUUUUAUGCAUGCUGAUUUCAAUAGUAUGAUUGAAGAAAAACAAUUGGAUGAAAAUCAUCAACAUCUUGAUGCUGAUUAUAAAACUUUAGCUGAUGUUAUUAUUCAAGAAGUCAUUAAACGAGAUUUACGAAGAAUUUAUCCAGCAUUAACUAAUCAUAUAUAUGGAGAAGAAGAUGGUUCAUUAAAAUUAAAUUCAAGUGAUGAAAAAAUUUUCAUUGAUGUUACCGGUACUCAAGAAGAUAUUCAUAAUCUUCUUAAAAAAUUAUUUAAUAAUAAAUCUGCAGAAUCAACUGAAACUUUAGCUGAAAUAGUUUCAUCGUCUUCCAAUAUAACACUUUCCAACCAAUGUAAACAAUCAUUUGAAAAAAUUCCACAUGAUAUAUUUAUUGAUUUAUCAAAUAUUGGUAUAUGGAUUGAUCCAGUUGAUGGAACACAACAGUAUAUAAAUGGUACUGAUGGAUUUGUUGAUUCGAAUACUGGUAUUAUUCCAGAUGGUCUUCCAGCAGCUUUAGUACUUAUUGGAUGUUUUGAUCUUAAGGAUGGUCGUGCUGUUCUUGGCGUGAUUAAUCGAGCUUUUAAUGAAAAAAUCGAUGAAUAUAGAUGGAAAGGUUUGAUUUAUUGGGGUACAGUAUUAUCAAAUGCAAAAUUUAAUAAUUUGGAAGAUGUUUAUAAACGACAUGAGAAUAAUAAUCAACGAGUAUUAUUACAUGGAAGUGCUGAUGUAAACACAUUUGAUAAUAUUUUAAAUGAUUGGACAAAAAUGGAAGUAUCAGCAUGUGGUAAUAAAUUACUAUCCAUUGCAUUGAAACAAGCAAAUAUAUAUUUAGUAACAAAAUCUGCUGCCUAUAAUUGGGAUUUAUGUGCUGCUCAUGCAAUUAUACAAUCUAUAAAUGGUCAAAUACUUGAUCUACGUCAAGUUAUUAAUUAUUAUCAAGAAAAUCGAACAAAACAAAAUGUAAAUUUAUCUCAAUUUGAAAUUAUUUAUAAUAAUAUAAAACCAAAUAAAUUUCAACCAAAAGAUUAUGCAUAUUCAAAAUGUUUAACAAUUUAUUAUACAAGACAUAUACUUAAUGGUGCUAAUUUACUAUUGAAUAGUAAUAAAUAUUUUCCAAGCCGAACUUCUUCAAAUGAUGCAACACAAAAAAAUCCAAAUCUAGAAUUAAUAGCUUGUAAACGAUCUUCUUCAUCAAAUGCAUCCAAGUUUUUAAAUCUUAAGAAUUUAAUUAUGCCACCACCACCAUCAGCAGUACUUAAGAAAAAAACGACGUCGAAAAAUCCACCAUUUCUUAGUCAAGAAUUUCUUAUUCAAAAUCAUGGUGACAUUGCAUCUUCUAUUAUAAUGAUUCUAACUCUUGGUGCUGUAUUUCAUGUUACAUCACCUUAUUUUACGGUAUUUUUUGGUCCUCGCCAUAAUGCUACAAAUUUUAUAUCAUAUAGUACAGUACCAGCUACACUUUUUAAUUAUGGUUAUAAAGAUUUAGCUAUGCUUUUUGCUUAUACUCUUGUAUGUAUAACAGUUCAUGCUAUUUGGCAAGAAUAUGUAUUAGAUAAAUUAAAUAAAAAAUUACAUUUAUCAAAAUCUAAAAAUGCAAAAUUUUUUGAAUCUGGUCAACUUAUUUUAUUCUAUGUUAUAAGUGUUCUAUGGGCAUUAAAAUUAUUUCAGGAUGAAUCUUAUUUUCAAUCGGGUUUAGAAUAUCUUUGGCGUGAUUAUCCUUAUAUAGGUAUGACAAUAUGGACACAACUUUUUUUUAUUAUACAAAUUUCUUAUUGGUUACAUAAUUAUCCUGAAUUAUAUAUACAAAAAGUUCGAAAAGAAGAUAUACCAUCUCGUAUUUUUUAUACAAGUUUACAUUUAAUAACAAUUCUUUAUGGUUAUUUAACACGUUUUUGGCGUAUAUCAUUAAUUCUAUUAACAAUACAUUAUUUUAUUGAAAUUUUUCAUCAUUUAUCACGUUUAGCUUAUUUUUAUACUACAGCUAAAAUACAUUCAAUAAAAGCUAAAUCAAUUUCUAAAUAUUUACUUAACAUAUGGUAUUAUAUAUUUAUAGUUGGUCGUUUAAUAUCAAUAGUUUUAAUAUGGUUAACAUUUUGGUUUGGUUUAAAAAGUUCAUCUGUUAAUAAAAUAUCAUAUACAUCAACAUCUCUUACAGAUUCAAAUGAUACAUCAAAUGAAUCCAUUAUGGUUUCUAAUUUUAAUACACCAACUGUACGUUUAUUUACACUUGUUACAAUGGGUGCUUUACAAUUUUGGCUGGUUUGGAAUUUUAUUCAAUUUCACAUGAGACGUCGACGUGAACAAGGUGGUGCACCAUCAACAGCAACAACUUUAACAAAAGUUUCAAAUAAACUUAAACAAAAACAACAAGAUUUAAAAACUGAUAAAUCAGAAACUGAUGAAACAGAUGAACGUCCUGCUAUAGUUGCCAAUGGUAUUGGUAAUAAAAAAAGCAAUUAA